AUGACGACACGCUCGGGGCGGGGUUAUGUCGCUGGAGUUCACUUCCUGGUUCUCUGUCCUGCUUCGCUUCGCCUUAUCAGCUGCUUCAACUCACUUUCCAACGAAAGACAUCAUGUCACAUCAAACGGGCAUUGGGGCGGCUGACGAUGUGAAGGACAUCUUUGCCAGUGCCAAAGGUGGAGACCAAUAUCGAGUCUUAAAGAUUGUCAUAGAGGAUGAGCAACUAAUGAUGCACACCACCAGGAAAGCAUCAAAAAAGUGGGACCAGGAGUAUGACACCCUUGUGCUGCCCCUCCUUGAUGAGGACAUGCCCUGUUACCUCCUAUAUCGGCUGGACUCCAUUAACAACCAGGGCUUUGAGUGGAUCUUCCUGGCAUGGGUGCCAGAAUCCGCUGCUGUGCGAUACAAAAUGUUAUAUGCUGCUACCAAAGCCACACUGAAGAAAGAGUUUGGAGGUGGCCAUAUCAAGGAGGAGCUUUCUGGGACCACAAAGGAGGAGAUGUCUUGCUCUGCAUACAAAAAAUACCUGACUUCGAAGAAUUUUCCCCUGCCCCUCACUGCUGCAGAAGAGGAACUACAACAGAUUAAACUUAAUGAGGUGCAAGUGGAUAUUGGUGUGGAUACAAAGCAGCAGACCAUGCAGGGAGUGGCCUUCCCUCUGCACAGAGAAGCUGUUGCAGCACUUGAACGUUUUAGGGACAGGAAGAUCAACUAUGUACAACUCCAUAUAGAUUUUGACCAGGAGAUGAUUCGGUUGUCUAACACUGAGCCAACAGAGGUGAGAGAUCUGCCCAAGAGGAUCCCCAAAGACUCUGCACGUUACCACUUCUUCCUCUACAAACAUUCCCAUGAAGGAGACUACUUAGAAUCCACAGUCUUCAUUUACUCGAUGCCUGGCUACAAGUGUGCCAUCAAAGAGAGGAUGCUUUAUUCCAGCUGUAAGAACCCGUUGGUCGACAUGGUGGAAAAUAAACUUCAAAUUGAGAUUGAGAAAAAGUUGGAGAUUGACAAUGGCGAUGAAGUAACCAAUGACUUCUUGUACGAGGAAGUCCAUCCCAAGCAGCAUGCACACAAACAGAUCUUCGCCAAGCCUAAAGGUCCCACAGGCAAGAGGGGAGCCCGCCGCAUUAUCAAACCACCCGGAGAAGAAGAUGAUGAUUAGAAAGACCCGAGCACCCCACCACCACCUCAAACACGUUCAACAGUGGAACAUUACUGUGAUAGGGAAAAUCAUUUGACACACUAGUUUGAAAUAAUAGGACAACCUCAAAUUACCACAAAGUUCACUCAGCUAUGCACGCCAAGGACAACUGAGCAAUGACCGUUUCCAUUUGUAGCUUGCCAGAUGGACGUGUAUUUAUGUAUGCGACUACUCCCGAAAAUUGAGAUUUUCAAAAACACAAUUAAACACACAUUUGUGAUUUCUUGUUUUGCCAGCUCUACAACUGUAAAACAUCUGCAGGACUAAUGUGAACUUGCACUCGUGAAAAAGGUCCCCCAUUAUGAGUUCACGUACUUGAAUUCUUAACUUGCAUUCCUAAAGUCUGUGUCAGUCGUUUCAAUGUCUGUGCUCAGCAUUUGUCUUUUGCACAACUGAGGUGCUCCAAAGUUAUUAUCUAACUUAUCAUUGAUUCAUUUUAACAGUGCAUUUUAUAUUGGAAAAUUUACUUUUGAUAUAACUAGUUUACAUGGGGAAAAAAUCAUCUGCUGAGAAACUUAUUUUUCUAUGCAAGUGCUGUAACUGUACAUAUUGUAGCUGUCGUAUGGUUAAGAAACAGUCUGGUCUGUUUUUGGUGGCGUUAGUGAGAAUCGCAGUGAGAAAGCACAGGGGCUUCCAGAAAUACUUCAUCGAUGAAUCUCAAAUUUCACGAGAAGCUAUACAAACUGUGCUUGGUGCCAAAUGGCCCAGCAGCCAGAGAGGAAUGGGAACAUUUUAGUACCUGGAAAGUUAAUAUAUUGCCACAUUCACUGCUCUACUGAUUAAUAAUAGAAAAACUACUAAAUGAUGUGUCGAAAGGGAAAAUCCCUUUAUAUUCCUAAUGUGUCAUAGUACAAAAUGGUUUGGUCUUGUUUUCUUACAAAUCUUUCUUUUAAAGAAGUAAAAUAAAUUAAAAAAAUUAAAACCACA